AUGCCAUCAACCAACCGUGCGGGCAGCCUGAAGGACCCUGAAAUUGCAGAGCUCUUCUUCAAAGAAGAUCCAGAGAAGCUCUUCACAGAUCUCAGAGAAAUUGGCCAUGGAAGCUUUGGAGCAGUUUAUUUUGCCCGAGAUGUGCGCACCAAUGAAGUGGUCGCUAUCAAGAAAAUGUCUUACAGUGGAAAGCAGUCCACUGAGAAAUGGCAGGAUAUUAUUAAGGAAGUCAAGUUUCUACAAAGAAUAAAACAUCCCAACAGCAUAGAAUACAAAGGCUGCUAUUUACGUGAGCACACAGCAUGGCUUGUAAUGGAAUAUUGUUUAGGAUCUGCUUCAGAUUUACUAGAAGUUCACAAAAAGCCAUUACAAGAAGUGGAAAUAGCAGCAAUUACACAUGGUGCUCUCCAGGGAUUAGCCUACUUACAUUCUCAUACCAUGAUCCAUAGAGAUAUCAAAGCAGGAAAUAUCCUUCUGACAGAGCCAGGCCAGGUGAAACUUGCUGACUUUGGAUCUGCUUCCAUGGCAUCUCCUGCCAAUUCUUUUGUGGGAACACCAUAUUGGAUGGCCCCAGAAGUAAUUUUAGCCAUGGAUGAAGGACAGUAUGAUGGAAAAGUAGAUGUAUGGUCUCUUGGUAUAACAUGUAUUGAAUUAGCGGAAAGGAAACCUCCUUUAUUUAAUAUGAAUGCAAUGAGUGCCUUAUAUCACAUAGCCCAAAAUGAAUCCCCUACACUACAGUCUAACGAAUGGUCUGAUUAUUUUCGCAACUUUGUAGAUUCUUGCCUCCAGAAAAUCCCUCAAGAUCGCCCUACAUCAGAGGAACUUUUAAAGCACAUGUUUGUUCUUCGGGAGCGCCCUGAAACAGUGUUAAUAGAUCUUAUUCAGAGGACGAAAGAUGCAGUAAGAGAACUGGACAAUCUGCAGUAUCGAAAGAUGAAGAAACUCCUGUUCCAGGAGGCACAUAAUGGACCAGCAGUAGAAGCACAGGAAGAAGAAGAGGAACAAGAUCAUGGUGUUGGACGGACAGGAACAGUGAAUAGUGUUGGAAGUAAUCAGUCUAUUCCCAGUAUGUCCAUCAGUGCCAGUAGCCAAAGUAGUAGUGUUAACAGUCUUCCAGAUGCCUCAGAUGACAAGAGUGAGCUAGACAUGAUGGAGGGAGACCACACAGUGAUGUCUAAUAGUUCUGUCAUCCACUUAAAACCUGAGGAAGAAAAUUACAGAGAAGAGGGAGAUCCUAGAACAAGGGCAUCGGAUCCACAAUCUCCACCUCAAGUAUCUCGUCAUAAAUCACACUACCGUAAUCGAGAACACUUUGCUACUAUACGAACAGCGUCACUGGUUACAAGGCAAAUGCAGGAACAUGAGCAGGACUCUGAGCUUAGAGAACAAAUGUCUGGCUAUAAGAGAAUGAGGCGGCAACAUCAAAAGCAGCUGAUGACUCUAGAAAAUAAGUUGAAGGCUGAGAUGGAUGAACAUCGCCUCAGAUUAGACAAAGAUCUUGAAACACAGCGUAACAAUUUUGCUGCAGAAAUGGAGAAACUUAUCAAGAAACAUCAGGCUGCUAUGGAAAAAGAGGCUAAAGUGAUGGCCAAUGAAGAGAAAAAAUUUCAGCAACAUAUUCAGGCCCAGCAGAAGAAAGAACUAAACAGCUUUUUGGAGUCUCAGAAAAGAGAAUAUAAACUUCGAAAAGAGCAGCUUAAGGAGGAGCUGAAUGAAAAUCAGAGCACCCCAAAAAAAGAAAAACAGGAAUGGCUUUCAAAGCAGAAGGAGAAUAUACAGCAUUUCCAAGCAGAAGAAGAGGCUAAUCUUCUACGGCGUCAGAGACAGUAUCUAGAGUUGGAAUGCCGUCGCUUCAAGAGAAGAAUGUUACUUGGGCGUCAUAACUUAGAGCAGGACCUUGUCAGGGAGGAGUUAAAUAAAAGACAGACUCAGAAGGACUUAGAGCAUGCCAUGCUACUACGACAGCAUGAAUCCAUGCAAGAACUGGAGUUCCGCCACCUCAACACAAUUCAGAAGAUGCGCUGUGAGUUGAUCAGAUUGCAGCAUCAAACUGAGCUCACUAACCAGCUAGAAUAUAAUAAGCGAAGAGAACGAGAGCUAAGGCGAAAGCAUGUCAUGGAGGUUCGACAACAGCCUAAGAGUCUGAAGUCUAAAGAACUCCAAAUAAAAAAGCAGUUUCAGGACACCUGUAAAAUCCAAACCAGACAGUACAAAGCAUUAAGAAAUCACUUACUGGAGACUACACCAAAGAGUGAGCACAAAGCUGUUCUGAAACGGCUCAAGGAGGAGCAGACCCGGAAGUUAGCCAUCUUGGCUGAACAGUAUGACCACAGCAUUAAUGAAAUGCUCUCCACCCAAGCACUGCGUUUGGAUGAAGCACAGGAAGCAGAGUGCCAGGUUUUGAAGAUGCAGCUGCAGCAGGAACUGGAGCUGUUAAAUGCAUAUCAGAGCAAAAUCAAGAUGCAAGCGGAGGCACAGCAUGAUCGAGAGCUUCGGGAGCUUGAACAGAGGGUCUCCCUCCGCAGGGCACUCUUAGAACAAAAGAUUGAAGAAGAAAUGUUGGCUUUGCAGAAUGAACGCACAGAACGAAUACGAAGCCUGCUGGAACGUCAAGCCAGAGAAAUGGAAGCUUUUGACUCUGAAAGCAUGAGGCUAGGUUUUAGUAACAUGGUCCUUUCUAAUCUCUCCCCUGAGGCGUUCAGCCACAGCUACCCGGGAGCUUCCGGUUGGUCUCACAAUCCUACCGGGGGUCCAGGACCUCACUGGGGUCAUCCCAUGGGUGGCCCACCACAAGCUUGGGGCCAUCCAAUGCAAGGUGGACCCCAGCCGUGGGGUCACCCCUCGGGGCCAAUGCAAGGGGUACCCCGAGGUAGCAGUAUGGGAGUCCGCAAUAGCCCUCAGGCUCUAAGGCGGACAGCUUCUGGGGGACGGACGGAGCAGGGCAUGAGCAGAAGCACGAGUGUCACUUCUCAAAUAUCCAAUGGGUCACACAUGUCUUACACAUAA